AUGUCUGAGGCACAGCGGAAGAGGCUCGAGACCGAGACCAUGGCCAUGCAGAAGAUGCAGAAGGAGUACCAGACCCUGGUCAUCAACAGGCAGCAGCUCGAUUCGCAGCUGCAGGAGAACGAGCUGGUCGACAAGGAGUUCAAGCUGAUGAAGGACGAUGCGCGCGUCUACAAGCUCACCGGCCCAGUGCUGCUGCCGCAGGACAAGACCGAGGCAGCCACGAAUGUCGAGAAGCGCCUCGAGUUUAUCCGCAGCGAAAUCAAGCGCGUUGAUGGCCGGAUUGAGACGCUGGCCAAGGAGCAGGAGAAGAAGAGCGUCGAAAUCUUUAAGCUGCAGAUGGACAUCCAGGGCAUCAGCAAGCAAUAA